AUGACUGCAUUGCGUCAUGCAUUUGAAUCUAAAAGUACAACUGGAUUAUUCCUUAAAAUUUCAAAAGGAGCAUAUCCACCUAUUCCAAGCAUUUACUCUAAAAAUUUGAGAAAACUUACCUCUUCAUUAUUAAAAAUAUCUCCAAAUGAUCGACCUUCUAUUGAGGAUAUUCUUAAAUUAAAUUUUUUGAAUAAUCACAUAGAACGCUUAAUCAUAGAUCAUCCAUCGCAAUGUGAAGAUGAUAAUGCAUUAUCGAAUUCGCGAUUAAUCGAUAAUUUUUUUAAAGAAUUUGCAUGUAAUCCUAUUAGUAGAGUAUCUUAUGAUAAAAUUAGUCAAGUAAAAAAACGUCAAAAAAAACCGGCUGCUAUAACAUUAUCAGAAGGUGAAAAAUCUCAUAAAUCACGGAUUUCUUCAAAUAAGUCUGAUAAGAAUUUGAAAGAAGAACCCAUACGAAAAUCAUUGGUAAAAAGUGUCAAUUUAAUAACAAACCAUAAUGACGAUUAUAUUGAAGAAGGUCAUAUUGAAAACAAUGAAACUGGAAGUAAUAAUCUUAAAAACGACAAUCCCAAAAAUGAUCUCUCGAAAUUGUCUAGCUCCAAUAGUGUUGCAAGAAAUUACAAUAAUUUUGAUAAUAUUUCGAUACCUUCAAAAUCAUCAAGCGACGAUAUUUCCGUCACUCAUAAUUCUAACUUUACUAGUGAGAAGACAAUUAAUGACGCAAAAAAACAACCCCAAUCUGAUAACGUUAAAAAGAUCAACAAUAGUAGUGUCAAAUACAGUAAAUGCAAUGCGUGCAACCUUAAUGUUAAAAAACCAAAACCAAUGGCCCAAAUUGAUAAAGUCCACGUUUUAUCAAAGAAACCUUCAAGUUCAACGUCUCCUACUAAAAUUAUUUCUUCUUUACAUAAAUCAGCUUCAGAAACAACAUCAAAAAAUUCUUCAACAAUUAUCAAACAAACCACAUUCAUUCCAAAUAACGAUAAUUCUAAUGAACAAGAAAGUACUCUACCACUUCCUACACCACCUUUAUCACCAUCAAAAAAAGUUGAAGAUAAUAUAAUGCCACCCAAAAUAACCCUCGCGUCAUCAUCACUUUUAUACUCAAUCGCUAACAAAGAUACAAAAAAUAAGUCAUGGGAUACUCCAUUCUCACUCAUCGAAGAAUUAAAACAAGAUCUUGAAUAUUUAUUAGGAUUUGAUAAAUUUAAUCAAUGUUAUAAAUUAUUAAUAUUUUAUCAAAACAAAAAAAAAAUUACCGAUGAAAAUCAAGAUCAAUCAAAACAGGUAAUGAAAGAAAAGAUUAUUGAAACAAAGUUGAAACUUCUUUUGAAUGGUAGAGGACAACAUAAUUAUGUACCUGUUUUAAAAGAAUUGGGUAAGCAGAUUUUAAAUUCUUUUCCUAAUAAAAAAAUAAUUUAA